AUGGACCAGACUGUGUACUACUGCCUUGUAGCUCUUCUUCCACUUGUGUACUUCCUUCUCAAGUCGUUGGGAUCUGGUACUGGUAGCCGCCGUGGACUCCACCUCCCUCCAGGCCCAUGGCAGCUCCCCGUCAUCGGCAGCGUCCACCAUCUCCGUGGCUCCCUCGUGCACCACGCUCUGCGGGACCUGUCGCUCCGCCACGGCCCUCUCAUGUUGCUCAAGUUUGGCGAGGUCCCGGUCGUCGUGGCAUCCACGCCCGACGCCGCGAAAGAGGUGUUGAAGACUCACGGUGCUAUCUUCUCAUCGAGGCCACUGAGCCUCACCAUCAAGACGUUCUCCAUGGACGGCAUGGGCAUCGUCUUUGCGCCCUACGGCGACCACUGGCGGCAGCUCCGCAAGAUCUGCACCGUGGAGCUGCUCAGCGCCAGGCGCGUCCUGUCCCUACGGCCCACGCGUGAGGAGGAGGCGCUCCAUCUGGUCCGAGCUGUCUCAUCUUCGUCCUCGUCCACCGCGGCAGGACGAGCUGCACUGCCGCUCGUGAACGUCAGUAAGCUGCUGGCCAUGUACGAGGCCGACACAUCGUUGCACGCCAUCUUGGGCAGGCGGUUCAAGGUGAAGGUCAGGGACACAUUGCUGCGCUACUUGGACCAGGGCGUCCGGCUGGCCGGCAAGUUCACGCCCACAGACCUGUUCCCGUCGUCGUGGCUGGUUCGCGUUCUGAGCCGCCAGGCGGUGCGCGAGGUAGAUGCCUACCGCCAGUCCUUUUUCGCCUUCAUGGAUGAAGUGGUAGGUGAAAACCUAGAGCGACGAAGGUCAGCUGAAGAAGAAGAAGAAGAAGUGGAGGAUCUGAUCGACGUUCUCCUCCGGAUCCAAAAGGAAGGAAACCUUGAAUUCCCUCUCAGCAUGAGGAUAAUCCAAGCGGUGAUAUUUGAUCUUAUUGGAGGGGGUAUCGAAACAGCAACAACAACGCUGCAGUGGGCGAUGGCUGAGCUGAUGAGGAAUCCAGGCAUCAUGGCCAAGGCACAAGCUGAGGUCAGGGGAGUGUUCAUGGGCCAAACGAAGGUAACCGAAGAUCGUCUAGGCGAGCUAUCCUACCUGCAGCUUGUCAUCAAGGAGACCCUACGACUGCAUGUUCCAGGGCCACUGCUGGUCCCAAGGGAAUGCCAGGAGCAGUGCCGGAUACUCGGAUACGACGUGCCCAAGGGAGCUAUGGUGCUCGUGAACGCCUGGGCCAUAGCUCGGAGCCCAGAUUAUUGGGUGGAGCCGGACACGUUCCAUCCUGACAGGUUUCUCAGCGACACGAGAGAUUUCAAGGGCAACGACUUCGAGUUCAUCCCGUUUGGCGCUGGGAGGAGGAUCUGCCCUGGGAUGGCAUUCGGUCUGGCGAAUGUCGAGCUCGGCCUCGCCAGCUUGCUCUUCCACUUUGACUGGAGCCUGCCGGAGGGUAUGGUUCCUAGUGAGCUGGACAUGACCGAGGCCACGGAGAUCACUGCUAGAAGGAAAGCAGACCUCUUGCUGUCUGCUACUCCGUGUGUCAAACUGCCGAGUUAAUUACCGCGCAAAAUAUGCUCAGCUAUAUAUAAGAAAAGAAAACCAUCCAAUAAUAACUGUGUGCUGCUUUUGGAUGUC